AUGACUUUCAACGUCGGCCUUGGAACUGAAGGCCCAGUUGAGCGCGGAUGGGGACUUUGGCUCACCAGUGUCUUAUCUGUUAUUAUCGCCGGUCUUUUCGUCAGCGCACGUCUAGCGCAGCGAUUCAUCAAGAGUAGCGGCCUGGGAAUGGACGACUACAUGAUCAUCGCCGCCUUACUUUCAUCAGUUUUACUCUCUGUAACAGAGUGUCAAGCUGUGGUAUAUGGCUACGGGAGACAUUGGAAAGAUCUACCCGUCGACUCUCGCGUUAUUGCUCGCAAAUGGUUCUAUGGAGCGAAUAUUGUUUACAAAGUCGUUCUCAUGUUCAACAAGAUCUCUGUGGUUUGCCUGUACUACCGAAUCUUCGCCAUCACUACAAAAUCUUUCCGUAUUGCCUGUCAUAUCAUGAACGCUUGGGUCAUCAUGACCGGUUUCGCUUUCACUAUCGCAACUGUUUUCCAAUGUACGCCAAUCGCAGCAUUCUGGGACAAAACCAUAUCUGGAGCCAGAUGUUUCAAGAACGAACCCUGGUGGAUUUCCUAUGCCACCGUUCAAAUUACAACCGACUUCAUGCUCCUUGCAAUGCCUUUUCGAAGAAUCCUAGGACUCUCCAUGGGACGAGCCGAGAAGUUAGGUGUGGCACUUGUUUUCGGUACGGGUGGCUUUGUCACUUUUGCGUCUAUCUAUCGUGCAACUACAAUCGCCAGGUCCGCAAGCGAUCCCGAUCCGACCUGGGGCCCUGUUCCUGCUACAAUAUGGUCAGUGAUAGAAGCCAACGCUGGUAUUAUAUGUGCCUGUCUCCCCAUGCUCCGCGCUCCAUUCGUUCGCCUCUUUGGACCACUUUUUGGUUCGGUAGCCACCAAGGCCACCUCGAAGCGGCGGUCGUACCCCAUGGACUGGAAGAGCAACCACGGGCCAGCUGGCACCGGAAAUAAGAGUAAGGUAUCUGGUAAAAGUGCAUCUGAGCGCGAAAGCGAAGAUGAUGCAUUGCCACCAAGUAGACCGAGUGAGCUCGGCCGCCGGGGCAGUGGCAUCUUUGUCACGAACGAGUUCAGUAUUGAGCGCAACGAGUUACAAAAGCAAGAGACAGAGACACGGUCGUGCGAACAAGAUGGCGACACUAACACUGCGCUGAGCGUGAACGAAGAUAGGCCAGGUGGCAAGAGUCCCUUCUACCACGUCUAA